CUUAUUUUAUCUUUUUCUUUUCCAGAACAUAUGAACCAUACAGUAGUAGCUGACUGUCGUGAUGUGAACAUUACAUUUCAUGGCGAAACUAUUAAACUCGUUAUCUGGGACACAGCCGGACAAGAGAGAUUUAAAGCUAUUGUCCGAUCAUAUUACAGAAUGGCAGACGGUGUUCUUUUAGUUUAUGAUGUGACUGACUAUGCCACUUUCUCCAUGGUAUCAGGCUGGUUAUCAGACUUGAGAACACACAAUGAUGAAGCUGACGUCCUUAUAGUUGGCAACAAAAACGAAGAUCCAGCCAAAAAAGCAGUUACUGCGAGCGUGGUCAGCAAGAUUUGCCCAGCAAGAAGGUAUGGAUUACCUGGAAUGUAGUGCAAAAAGCGGAGAAAACGUAGAUCAGGUUUUUGAAACUCUUUUGUUGAAGAUAAUGAAAAGAAAAAGUCCAACAUCCUUCGCAACUCCCUCAUCUACUAAAUUUAAAGCUUCAACAACAAAGAAGGGGAUUAAAAAUUCUGAAAAUUAUAGCAAUGGAGAUCUUCCCGCAAUCAUUCCUCUCGAUGAUGAAAAUUUUCAGCUCCAUGUUCAACCAGUCAGAGACAAGAAGUGGUAUAAAAAAAUGUGCACGUUGUGAUAUAUAAUGCAAUUUAAGCAGUUUUGUGUGAUAUGAAACAGAAAAUUCUCAAAUUCUAACACCUAUUUAUUUGAUCAUUAUUGACGAAUUUGUGAUUUUCAAAAGUCUCUGCGAUGUUACUUAAUAAUCUGUAAAAAUUUAUAUCUUCACAUUUAUUAUUUGUGCAUUUAUUUAUUAAGAAGUUAUAUUCGGAAAUAAAAUCUCAGCAGCAGAUUUCUUUUUAAACUACAUGGGAAUUCCAGAAGUUCAUAAAGCUGCAUAACAUUUUAUAAACUAACAUUUUAUAAUUUAUCAGUAUUUUCUAUCCUCAUCGUACUUAUUUGAACAAAUGAUUAAUUGACAUUUUGCCAAAAUCACAUAUUUGUACUUUUGUUCUCUUCUAGAUUGUCAGACACUUAAAUGCUUUUUUUCUCGAAACAACGGCAUUGUAGAUUUGUGGUUUUGCCAUGGAUCUGGUAAUAUGUAUAAUACGUUGUGACAAAUUAUAUAUUUAUUUCUUUCACGGUUUAUGCUCAUUUAUACUACGUGGACAAACCAACUAUGUUUUCUGCGUAAGAGACGUAUUUAUACAAAUACAUAUGGGCAGCUUUUGUAAUUCAUUCAAGUUCCAAAUGAAAUGUUUUCUACCAACGGAAUGAUGUACAAUUUUGCGUAAAUUGUAUUCCAAUAAAUU